AUGACCACCGCCGCGCCGCCGACCUGCCCGUCGACUUCCACGCCGUCGUUUGGAAGCAGACUGCGCCGUCUGAGCCAGCGACGGCCGCAGACACAGUCCAACGGGCCUGUCCAAGGCUCCUCAGCGUCCGCUAACCACCGUUCGUAUCGCAAGCGGCUUAGCUGGGUCGUUGGCCGGGGCUCUUCUCAUCUUCCCGCGGCCCCAGAAGGAGAAGAAGACGGAGAGCCAAACCAUCACCAUCACCACCAACAUCAACACAACCACGACAUCCACGACGGCGACGACCACGACCACAGAUCGUCGCUUCAGCAACAGGAAAACUCCGAUCUGUUGCAUGCUGAGCUGGACCGCAGCGCCUCGGCGGAGCUCGAGUCCUCGUCGCAGCGGUACAGCGUCUUCAGUCGCUCUGACGCUGAGAGCAGUGAGUCCUCGACGUCGGAGGACAGGCCAGAGCAGCUAGCGGAGGCAGGCUUUCGGUCUCGCAGACACCAGCAGGCCUCUCUCUCGCAGGAUACCACAAGCUACACCAUGGCCCAGGCCCUGAACAUGGCGUCCGUCGUCGUGGGCGCGGCCGCUUCUUCGCCUAUUUCUCCCUCCGCCGCCGCCAUCGCCGCCGCGGACACCAGUAACAGCGGCAGCGGCAGAGCACCGGACCAGCCGACGACCUCUUCCACCGCCCACCAUUCUACAUCCCAGAACGGCCACUCCUCCUCGGGCACGGGAGACUCGACUGAGACGUCGAUGUCUGCGUCAAACUCGCCCGACCAGCAACACCAGGAUCAGCAGUCCAUCAUCCGUUUCUUCGCCUAUCAAGACCCCCACCAGAACUCCAGGCCCUCGCUCCCCUUCGCUCCCAUGACACGAACCAUCACAGACGAAUCAGCCAUUAUAAAAGUCGGCCGGUACUCUGAGCGUGAGGGCAUACCCGCUGAAGGUGCCGCGGGAUCGUCCUCUGCUCCCGUCGGCUUCAAAUCCAAGGUCGUCAGCCGGAAACACUGCGAGUUCUCCUUUAUCGGCGGGCAGUGGCAUAUCAAGGAUGUCGGGAGCUCCUCGGGCACCUUUCUCAACCAUAUGCGUCUCAGUCAGCCUAAUGUACCGUCCAGACAGUAUGCAGUGCGGGAUGGUGAUAUCGUACAGCUAGGGAUCGACUUUAGAGGCGGUGAAGAGCUCAUUUUUAGAUGUGUGCGCAUCCGCAUAGAAUGCAACAGGAUGUGGCAGCAGAGAGCAAACCAGUUCAAUAAAAACACGGAAGCUCUUAUCACUAAUCUUGGAAAGGGCUCUAUGGAUGCCACAGACUACGAAGGCUGCAGGGAAUGCUCCAUAUGUCUCGGCUCUGUUUUGCGUCCAUACCAGUGCCUGUUCAUGGCUGCCUGUGCCCAUGUCUGGCACUACAAAUGCAUCCGCCGGCUAAUACACUCUCCUGAAUAUCCCAUGUUCCAAUGUCCAAACUGCCGAGCGUACACAGAUUUGAACGCAGAAGUAGACGACUCAAACGACCCAUAUGAAGAAAAAAUCAAUCCUUCCCCUAAUACCCAGCCGCAGCAGCAGCCGCAACAACCACAGCAACCACAACAGCAACCGCAACAGCAACAGCAACGUUACCCACCUCAGCCUCUAGAAAAUAACACAACCACUACCAACACUACUUCCCGAACGCAUACAGCCAACAACUCAAGCUCAGCCCCGCCCAUUGUCUAUACACACACAGAAACUGACGGGCCCCUCGCAACUGCUACAGGGAAUAUGACCCUCGAAUCUGACCCUGAACCGGAGCCGGAGCCGGAGCAUGACCCAUCAGACGGCCCGGACGGAGACGUCUUCCACCCGGCCGUAGAGCAACCAUUAGGCGCUCAUUCAAACGACGUCCACCGCAGUCAGAACAUCGACAUAUUAUCUCCAAACUCGAAUACUCGAACAGGUAUGGGCAGAAGGAGGGUGCCGGACAGAGCAAACCGAGACACGAUAUACGUUGAAGAUCCCCUAACACCACGAAACGAUACAGGACUCCUAGCCCUCGACGGCCGUGCCGGGCGGCUCUAA